AUGACAGUUCAUUGGAAAGACGAUCCUGAACUGUUAAAGCAAAUCUGUCUUAUUGACGUUGAAACUGCACCAGAUUCACGGUUGAUUACGAUUAUAUGCGGAUCUCAAGUUAAUUUAUUAAAAGCAUUCGCCUUAUGCUCUAAGAAGUUGGGAGUUCUUGAAUGGAUGUUUAAUCAUAUGUCAAUCAAACCAUCUGGUAUUGAGAAAAUUUUAAAAUGGCAAUAUCAAUAUAAUACGAUAAAGGUUAAUGAUAGACAAUUUCAUUCAAAGCAUCAUAAAAUUCUGGGAUGUGUAGCUAUUGACGUUCAGCCUUGUUUUAUGGGAUUUCAUCCCAAAGCUGAAAAGAAUAGCCUGGCAUUUUACUUAAAUGAAUCUGGGCUCGAAAGGAAGUUUCCUGGGACCUAUGUUUUCCCACUGGUAAAGGGUCUCAAAAAUAAACGCUCUGUGACUGGCUUAGAUUUUGCAUUAUUGUAUCUAUGCCUUAUCAUAACAUACAAUCUCUCACCUGAUAAAAUCAUUUUAUCUCGAAAGCAUGCUAAAUCUCUAAAGGAAAGUAAGCAUAGAAACCAAGCUGAAAUGAAAGGCCUUUAUUCAAAAGUAUUAGAGGAGUUACGUAUUAAACGAAAUUUGCUAGAAAGUCAUCUUGCUCUAUUAAAUGAUAAAAAAGAAGAAUUAGAAAAGAAGAUUAAUUUGGUAGAAAAAAGAGGCAUAGUUAUUACAGAUACUUUAAAAUCUAAAUACUCUUCAGUUGUCUUUAAUAUCGCUUGUCUAGACGCAAAACAGCUCGCUUUAAAAGUGUAUAUGAAUACAUUUUACGCAUUAGCAGGCGGGGUAAUAUCAGCUGGACAGCGGAAUAUCAAGCUUAUUGCUAAUCUUGUUGGAAGUAAAAAAUUCAGUGUAAAAUACGGGGAUACAGAUUCAUUAUACCUUGUCUGUCCAGAAGAAUGCUUUCAGAAAUGUGAUGAGACAUAUAACAAUGGUAAUGGGAUCUUGAAAGAAGAAUAUUGGUCUAGAAUAGUGAACAUCUCUAUGGAAGUAAUAGAAAGACUUCGUGAUGAAGUUAAUGACUUUCUCAGAAAUGAUAAUAGAUCAUCUUAUCUCAAAAUGGCAUAUGAGAAAGUCUUAUUUCUGGUAGUAUUUACAGGAAAGAAAAAAUACUAUGGUAAAAAGGUUAUGGAUGAAUCUAUGAAGACCUUAAUGGGAUGGUUAAAACUGCUGUGUGAAAGCCUGAUAAAAAUAACAAGAGGCUUAACACAUAAGCCUUAUCUUUAUGAAAUCCCAGAACCAGGCGAACUCUUUGAGUAUAUUGUAGUUGAGAAUGAUUCAUCACAGAGGGUAGGGGAUAAAAUGGAGUAUUCAGAGGUAGUGAGGCGAUUAGGAAAAAAAAUUGAUAUUAGCUAUUAUCUGAAAACCGUUGUCGGCCUUUGUGCACAAUUUAUUAACUAUGAUAAAAGUUUCCAGCCAUCAUCUGAAAUUGUGCUGGAAGCCUUAAAAAAGUUAAAAAAUGGCAAUAAA